AUGAAAAGUUAUCUCAUUGUUUAUGAUAACGAAUGUGAUUGUGGUUUUAUGAGAAGAAAGCGUAUACAAUUGUUCAUAGAACGAAUAGAAAUUUGUACACGAGAAAUGAAUGAACUGAACGUUUCGGAAAAUUAUUCUUCACUUUUUCGAUAUCUAUGUAUCGCAAAAGUAUUUUUAAUUUCUAUAAUAUCAGGUUUAUGUGUGGCCGAAGUAUUUUGGUUUUCUGAAACAGUUGUAUUGUCAAACAUAGAUUAUAGUACGAUAUUGCAGUUGUAUUAUACCGACCUUUGUCCUGUCAUCGAAAUGCUAAUUAACGACCUUACAUUUGUCUUUUGGAUCAGAUAUAUAAAGGUUAAGUUUGGUCAAUUAAAUACUGUAUUACAAAGUAUGCUGAGAACAACUAUUGAUUCACCACAACAUAAAAGAGUUCUUCGAAUGAAGGACAACUGGGAAGAUGAUUCUUCGUUAUCUACUGUUUAUGGAACUUACAAAACGAAUGAAAAUCUUAUCAAAUUAAAAAGAGUCAAACAAAUCCAUUUGGAAUUAAUGAAAUGUGCCAGAAUAAUAAAUGAGGCUUAUGGAUUACAAAUUCUUAUAUCCAUAUUUACAACGACCCUUUUUAUCACGACAAUGACAUACAAUCUGUACGUUAACUUAAACAAAGGUGACAAGUGGAUAAUACAAUUAUAUGUGUAUUUAACUUGGAUUUUUUAUUUUGCCACGAUGAUUUCCGUAAAAGCAUGUGUAAAUAACGUUUUCUUUUUAUUUUUUAUAUAUGCUGCGAAUACUCGAGAGAUUCUUUAUGAAUUAUACGAACCUUCGACCAGCAGAAAAUUUCGCGAUCAAAUUCGUGAUUUUAUGUUUCAAUUAAUCCAAAAUCGUUUAAAUUUUACCGUUUGCGGAUUUUACGAUCUAAAUCAUACGCUUAUAUACAGUGUGAUCGGUUCGAUUACUACUUACCUCAUCAUAUUUAUUCAAGUUGGAGGUGAACCUAAAAUAUUUUACAAUAAUACGACUUAUAAUUCAAUGUCGACGAAAUAA